CUUCAAUUCAAUUGGUAAAUUAACAACCCCACCUUUCUCUCUCAAGCAACAAAACUUCAAAGAAUCUUCGCUGCCUUCAGGUCUAGUUCGUCGUCUUCAAUUCAAUUGAACAUGUCUAAAAACAGCAGCAGGGUUGUGAUAUGCAUAGGCGACAUCCAUGGAUACAUGACGAAGCUCCAAAAUCUGUGGUCGAAUCUUGAAAGGGUAAUCCCAGCCUCAGAUUUCGAGAACGCACGCAUCAUCUUCCUGGGGGAUUACUGCGACCGCGGCCCCGACACUCGCAAAGUCCUGGAUUUCCUAAUCGACCUUCCCUCGAAAUACCCGAACCAAUCCCACGUCUUCCUCGCCGGAAACCACGACUUUGCCUUCGCUGCCUUCGUGGGGGCCAUCCCGCCGCCCCCCGACGGCUCCGAGUUUCGGGAUACCUGGGCGGAGUUUGAGGCAAGCGAAGAGAGAGAAGGGUGGUAUAAGGGGUAUGGCUACGAGAAUAUGCAUUUGCAGGGGAGGAGGUGGGCUGGCAAGAUUACUGUCAGAUUUAAUGCGGUAAAGGGGACCGAGUAUCAGGGUUCUAUUUAUGAUGCUGGAACCACCUUUCAAUCUUAUGGCCUUCCCCAUGGAUCCCCUGAACUGAUGAAAGCCGUUCCUGAUGAACACAAGAAGUUUCUUUCUAAUUUGGUGUGGAUCCAUGAAGAGGAUAAUGUGGGCAUAGAUACAGAGAAAGGAGUGGAAUUUUGUAAAUUGAUAGCGGUUCAUGGAGGUUUGGAGAGAGGGAAAGAUGUUGAAGAGCAGAUUAAAUAUUUGAAAGCCAAGGAUACAAGGAUUCCUAAGGUGGAGCCUCUCAGCGGCAGAAAGAGUGUUUGGGACAUCCCCGAGGAACUGAGAAAAACCGGGACGAUUGUGGUGAGCGGUCACCAUGGAAAGCUUCAUGUGGAUGGUCUUAGGCUGAUUAUUGACCAAGGCGGUGGACUCCCACAAAAUCCGGUGGCUGCAAUUGUUCUGCCUUCAAAGACUAUUGUCCGUGACACUGAUACACACAAUUGCUGAAAACAUAAAUACUUUCCAUCUACUUUUUAUAUAUUCAUAUGUUUUGUUUUUUACCCUCACCAUUCCUGGGUUGGGUUGAUUGCUGCAAUUGUUAUGCUUUCAAAACUAUCAUCCCUUCCACGUUUUCAUAGUCAAUGCACUUGUUAUCUUGCAAGGUUU